AUCGAAUUUUAACACAGAUUGUUUUAUUUCCGGUUUGAUUUCUUAAGUAUUUGUCGCAAGAAUUGUCGAGUCUUCAAGUUGUUUCCUUAUUAGUUAUACAGGAUUCUGAAUGGCUGGUGCCAGACCUUUCAAGAUCUGGAACCAAGACAGAAGUGUAAAGAAAGGGAUUGUAGCAUCUUCUCUCCAAGAACUAGUUCAGAAAGGAAAAGAUAAAUUAGGUAUUACAAGUACAGAUGGGUUACGUGUUGUUAUAGCAGAGGAUGGAACAGAGGUUGAUGAUGAGGAUUACUUUGUUUUCCUUCCUCAUAACUCAACCUUGAUGAUCUUACCUAAAGGUCAGAUCUGGAGACCUGAAGGCAUAGGUGAAGUGUCGGGCCAUGAUGAACCUGAUUUUAUUGGAGGAGGAACGGAAAUUUCUGAGAGGUCCAAAGAAAUGAUUGCUGGCUUACAGAAAAAUAUAACUCGCAUUAUAACACUAUCAAAUGAAGAUUUACAGCUGAUAGUUGAUUUGGCCAUUGGGCAUUUAGCACAUCUUCUGCAGGACACAGAAAACUAUGCAAAAACAGUACAGGAAGCUUGUCAGCGCCACCUGGAUGAGAGAUCACAGACUACGCAAGCAUUGGACUUAUUACAACUUUAUCAUAAUGCAAGACAAAAUAGUCCAUUCAUUGGAGAUGAUGAAACUAAGAGACAAAAACUUGCAAAUACAUAAAAUGAAAGAUGUUCAACCUUACAUGACAUUCCAUUUUCAUUGACAAUUUUGUGUUCAAUAUCAAACAAUAGUUUUGCAAUAAUAUUUCUCAAUUCAGUGACAUCAUAUUUAUAUAAUUCUCAGAAACUACAGCACUACUAUCUAUCCAUAGAUAUCAUGAAUAUUAGGCAUUGAAAAAACAAUUUUCAAAUUCAAGCAUUUUUUAUAUCACAAUGCUUAUGUGUUAAUGUCACAGAUGGAAAUUAUUGUUUAAAUAUGUCAUUUACACCAAUUGACCUCAUAUCAACCUGUGUAACUAAAUAAAAAAAUAACAGCUCUAUAAAUAUAUACCUCGAAAUUCAAUAUCUGUCUUUUUCAGUAUCAUCAUUUUUGUAAAAUCUUUUGGACCAAUCAGAUUGUUUAAACUAAUGAUAUAUCCAUAUAAAAUCAUAUACAGUGAAACCUGUUUAAACCAAACCUUUUCAGGACUUAAGAUUUUGUAUGGUUUUGGUCGAUGUAUGGUUUUAUCAGGUUCACAAUGCCCAUUAUUUGAUAUGACAGUGCUUACGAACAUGUUUGGUUUAUACAGGUUUCCGGUUUUUACAGGAUUCAGAUUAGUCAUGAUCAGGAUUCACUGUAACAAUAAGUUUUUAAUAAGUCAUAUGAUGAAUACAAUGUAUCACCGAAAUAUGCAGAUGAAAGUGCUGGUUAUGUUUUUGUUAUAUCACAAUAUGUAAGACAAUUUUAUUCAAUAAUGUGUUUUUUAUAC